AUGGUGAUGGAGUCGGCGCACCACAACGGGCGAUUCUGGCCCCUCUCGCCGCGCCUCUGGCGUCGCAGCAGCGAGUACUCGAAGGUGGUCUUCGAGCCGCGCCGCCCGCCCACCUCGCCGAUAGAACUCAGGCGGAAUGGGCUGGACCAGACCCCGGAUCUGCUGCGAUCCAGGAGUUUCUUCAAGGAGAGACUGGAUCACACGAACCUCGAGGAGGUGCAACACGAGAACGACGAGAACGAACCGAGGCACCGGUGGAGUGUCGACUCGAAGAAGCCCCCGAUAAAGGAAACGAAAAAAAUCGAAGAAGUGGUCAAGCUCAGGGUCAAGAAGCAGAGGCAUCCGCGGCCGAACAGCUUGCAGCUGCUUCUGUGCCCGUCCAGCUCCGGUCAUUACAGCAGCAACACCUGGAGAUACACCAGAGUUCGAUCCAAAAGCCAUGAGCCGGAGGGCGGCGGCCGGUGCGGCGAGGGACCGCUAGCGCGCGGGAUGCAGCCCGCGCCGCCGGGCGGCUCGCCUAAGCGCCAGGCCACCUCGGCACCGGCACACGGCGCAGCGGGCGACCAGUCCACCCUGAAGGUCCACCUGCCGAACGGUGGUUUCAACGUGGUGCGGACGUCGCCCGAUGAGGAUGUCCGAUCGGUGCUGAGGCUCCUGGCUGCGCGCCUGGCCGCCGGGGACCGCGUGUACUCCUCGUGCUAUGCCCUUAGGGCGAGGAGACUCACAACUGGAAAGAUCCGAUGGGUCCACCAGGACACGCCCGUGUCGGAGCUCAUCACUAGGUGGCCGGCUAGCGAGUGGCGGCUGGAGCUGCGCGUGCGCUACCUGCCGGCCAAUCUGCGUGACCUCUGCGACGCGGACCGUGUCACCUUCCACUACUACUACGACCAGGUGCGACACGACUACCUCAACGCCAACCAUCCCAUGGUGGACCAGGAUCUGGCGAUACAAAUAUGUUGUUUAGAAAUAAAAUACUUCUGUAAGGACAUGCAGAUCUCCAUGGACAAGAAGUCGAACAUAGAGUACCUGGAAAAGGAGUUCGGCCUCCACAAGUUCCUCCCAAAGUCAGUGAUAGAGGCAAUCAAGCCAAAAGUGCUGAAGAAGGCUAUACAGCAGCAGUUCAAGAAGGUGGCCAACCUCAGCGAUGUCGAGUGCAUGCUUCGCUACGUGGAGACGAUGCACACCCACUACGGAUAUGACCGUGAGACCUUCACGGCGGCUCUUGGCGGGGGGUGGGCGAUACCCGUUGAGCUGGCCAUUGGACCCGAUAUAGACAUAUCGUACGUGUCCCACAAGGCGGGUGAGCUUACUUACACCAAAAUCGCUUCGUUCAGCGACAUCGUUGCACUGCAGACCCUCAAGUCCAACUGCACCCAGCAGUCCAACACGCAGAGCGGCUCCUGUGGCAAGGCGGCUCUACAACUUCGCGUUAAGGGGGCGACAGAGACCCUAACUAUCACGUGCAGCAGUGUCGAGGCGGCGGAGAGUUUAGCUGAUCUAGUAGACGGCUAUUGCAGACUCGUUACCGACUCGCAGACCUCCCUAUGGAACAGAACAACGACCGUAUGGAAACAACUGAACUGUCAAUGUAAAACGGAAAUGAGCAGCAGUUCCUCGGAGGGAAAGACGAGCUCCUGGGAAGCGAAUACGGCGACAAUACUAUCAGAGGACUAUGCAGAAAUCGUUGACGACGACGCCGACUACUCUACGCCCGCAGUUCGGGAUUACGAAUUGGUGCGUAAUCAAAUAGAACUGACUGGUAUAAUUGGAGAAGGACAGUUUGGGGACGUGCAUAAGGGCACGUGCCGCGUGACGUCAGCCAACCACCCUUCGCUGCGGCGCCAGCUGGCGCUGCAGAAGCAGGAGGGGCGCAGCGUCGGCGGCGAGUACGUGCUGCACGUGGCCGUCAAGACGUGCAAGAUGGACGCCGACCUGGACACGGCGGAGAAGUUCCUCGAGGAGGCCUACAUAAUGCAGCAGUUCUCCCAUCCGCACAUUAUCGGCCUGGUGGGCGUGUGCAGCUCGCCGCCGAUCUGGAUAGUGAUGGAGCUGGCGACUCUCGGCGAGAUGAGAGCGUAUCUGCAACAAAACGCGCACAGGCUGGAGACGUGCACGCUGGUCUUAUACAUCUACCAGCUUUCGACGGCGCUCAGCUAUCUAGAGAGCAAGAAGUUUGUUCACAGGGACAUAGCGGCCCGCAACGUGCUGGUCUCCACGGCCACCUGCGUCAAACUGGCGGACUUCGGGCUAUCGAAGCGAGUAGACGACAAGUCCUACUACAAGGCUUCACGGGGAAAACUGCCCAUCAAGUGGAUGGCGCCAGAGUCAAUCAACUUCAGACGCUUCACUUCCGCAUCGGACGUUUGGAUGUUCGGCGUGUGCAUGUGGGAGAUCCUGAUGCUGGGCGUGAAGCCGUUCAGCGGCGUGAAGAACAACGACGUGAUCGGCAAGCUGGAGAACGGCGAGCGUCUGGCGCUGCCCGCCCGCUGCCCGCCGCGGCUCUACUCGCUCAUGUCGCGCUGCUGGGCGUACGAGCCCUCGCAGCGGCCCACCGCGCACUGCCUCAAGGAGACGCUCUUCGAGAUCCUGCAGGAAGAGCGCAGCAGCGCGUGGGACACCAUGCGACGCGAGAACCGGCGCGUGGCAGCCGCCUCUUGGGGGGACGAGCCGCCGCCCAAGCCCUCCCGGCCCACGCCCAACAUGGCGCCAGCGCUAGAGCCGACGUCGACGCAGGCCGGCGCGCCGCAGACGUACAUCGUGGCGCAGAACCCGCUCGUGCUGGCGCACCUGCUCCGAGAGAACCAAACGCGCUCCAUCGACCCCCAAGCGUACACCACGCCCGCAUCGGUAUUCAACACGGUCUCCGUCGACUUCGCGCAAACUCUACCGGAGAACGAUCUACCGAAACUUAUCAACCCGAAACCGGACGAGGUCAUCGACAUACCCCUCCAGACCGCCCCCAUCCCGGCCGCCAGCCUGCACCGCCUCGACCCGGUGGUGCCCGAGGGCGAGACCCACACGGUGCUGGUGGGCGCGCGCGCCAGCUGCGACAACCUCUGCCAGAACGCGGCCCCCCUCGCCCCCCGCGCCGCCCACGCCCCCCGCGGCCCCCUCGCCCCGCGCCCAGCCCGCCUCCCCGGGCCAAAGCGAGACGGACAACGCCUACCCGAGCCGCGGGCAGCCUCUCGCACCGGGGCGCCCCCGCCGCCCUCGCCGCCCCCGCCCCCCGCCCCCGCCCCGCCCUUCGCGCGCCAGCACUCUGUGCCCGCCUCCCCGCCCCCCAGGGCGCGCAGGGACCAGGACUUCGGCCAGUUCUCCGUCCAGGGCGCGCUCAACGCGCAGCUGGCCGCGAGCGUGAUGAACAAGAUACGCCAGCAGCCCGAGCCCCCCCUCGUGGAGGGCAUCUACGAUUUCGGCGGCGACAACGUGAAAAGCUGCGCCGCGAUCGCCGCCCAGAAGGCGAUGAAGCCCGCCUACCGCCACGUGGCGUCCGGCAUGGCCGCCUCCCACCCCACCCCCUCGUACGGGGUGCCCGUCGGCGUCGUCCACGGCGUCCAGUUCGGCCAGGCCUCCAAGUCCGCCCAUUUCAAGGCGGCCGCGCCCCUCCCCCAGCGCUACCCGGCCCCGCCGCCCCCCCAAUUCGGCCAGCCCACGGGCGUGGUGCCCCCCAUGCCGUACGCGCCCCAGCCCCCGAUGUACAAGUCCCAGGCGUCGCUAUCGCAACCCGCCGUCCAGGCCGCGUCCACUGCCCCCUUCGCGGCGCAGUCCCGCCCGCAGUUCGCUUCGGCGACGUCAAUGGACGCGCAAUGCAUUUACGCGUCCCGUCAGGAGUGCUCCCCGAUAGUUCAGCCGACGGGGCAGACGAGCCAACCCGCUCAGAGUCCAGAGUUCGAUACGGAGCAGGCGGUGGAGAAGCGACUGCUCGCGGAGUUGGCCAGGCAGCAGCAUCAAAGCGAAGAAGACAGCAGAUGGCUUCAAAUGCAAGAAGAUAAUUUGAAGCGGCUGUCGAACAUGCAGGUGGCGACGGAGGGCGAGCCUAGUCCUGAGCAGAAGAUCUCUUUGGAGCCUCAAAGCGCAGGCGGACAAGAACCGCCGCGAUCUAGUCAACCACCCUCGGCUUCGAACUCAUCGGAAACCAGCCCGGCGAGCACCGUCAAGUCGACGGAGAAACCGAGCGAAGAGAAGGGCGCGGGCGAGCCGGUGUACGUGGCGACGACGCGCGUGGUGCGCGCCGUGAUGCGUCUGGCGGGCGAUCGGGGCGCCCCGCCGCCCGCGCUGCUCGGCAGCGUGCGCCACGUGGGCCACGAGCUGCGCGCCCUCUGCGCCACCGUGGACCUGCUCGUCGUGCCCUACCCGCCCGCCGCGCAGAGGGAAGUUGAGAUGGCGCAUCAGGUGCUGAGCAAGGAUAUGGCAGCGCUAGUGGAGGCGAUGCGGCUCGCCAUCCAGUACUCCAACACCACGUUGCAGCAUGAGUACACCAAGAGCAUGCUAGCAGCCGCCCACGUACUGGCCAUGGACGCGAAGAACCUGCUCGACGUGGUGGACUGCAUCCGGGAGCGGCACCCGGGCGUGGACUGGCGGGCGGCGCUAGAACCGGACCCCGAGGGACCCCCGCCCGAGCGGAGCCCGCCGCACAACCGGACCCUCACCUCGCAGAACCAGGUGUUCGCCGCCCAGUGCAGGACCUUCACGCCGCAGAACCCCUCGCCGGAGGGCCAGGCUCCGGCGCAGGACGACCCGCCGCGGCCCGACUUCAAGCUCAACCAGCCGGUCACCACCAUCCCGCCCAGCGGCGGAGACCAGCCCAAGGAGCACACCAGCCUGCCCGUCCCCACGAGCCGCGUGUCCGCCCUCGUCCACAACUACAACCUGUACGGAAACGUGAGGGAGCCCCAGCACAUAUACGGCAACGCGGAGCCGAACGCCGCCUUCCAGCACUCCGCCUCGUUCGAGGAGGCGAAGGCGGAGCAGCUGGAGACGGUGCGCGGCCGCGUGCAGGCGAAGACCGAGCAGACGGUCUACUCGGCGAGCAGGAAGCCCGUGCCGGUAGACCAGGGCCACGCGCACGGAGACCAGGGA